UAAGGAGGAAGGCAAGAUCCGAAGGAGCUGCUACGAUGGAGGGGUCCGUUGAGGUAACCGCGCCAUCGGCUGCGUUGACACCUGGGGGAGGGGAGGCUGGGACGACACCUCCACAAGAACAGGUCAGGGGUAGUGAACCUAAUGAAAUUGGUCCUGGCUUUCGGGUCUCCCCGAAAGAAGGGGGGUAUGUCAUCAAGGGGUUCCUGGGUGGGGGAGAUGGUCUGGAAACCUUCUACGAAGGUGAGACAAGGGAAGGGAAGAGGGUGGCCAUCAAGUCCCUUUCAUUGAUGUCAGCAUGGGAAGACGUCCAGCUCUUCGAGAGAGAGUCCCAGCUGUUGAAGACCCUGAGUCCUCAUGGUAUUCCGGAGUAUGUUGACUUUUUUGAAGCCGACUGGGGAGGCUACCGGUCGUUCUAUCUUGUCCAGAAAAUUCCUAAUGGUCAGUCGUUGGAGGAACUGGUGUGGAAGCCGGGGUUUGGGUUCUCUGAGAAGGACAUUGUGGAUAUAGCUGUGGAGAGUUGGCGGGUAGUUCAUGGCAAGAUUAAGCCCGCCAACAUCAUCGUUGACUUUAAGAGUGCCAAGUUGGAAGCGACUUGGGAGGGACAUGUCAAGGUGGCUGGUUUCGGGGCGGUGCAAGAUGGGUUGAUGGCGCCGAAGGUAGGAGCCAGUAGCAGUGCGGGAUUCAAGCCACAUGGAUACAUGGCCCCUGAGCAGUCUCAGAAGAGGUUUGUAAGCCAGGCAGACCUCUAUGCUCUGGGGGGAACCAUGCUGUAUUCGUUGUCCGGUCGACAGCCGUCGGAUUUCCCGCAGAAGCGGCUCAAGAUCCACUUUCGCGACCAGGUGCAGAUGAGCUGGUAUCUGGCGAAUGUGCUGGACAAGUUGUUGCAGCCAGCACCGGAGGAUCGAAUCCAGCAUGCACAUGAUGUGAUCUCCGCAUUGAGAACUCAGAAACUUGUGGUAGAGGUGCGCCCGGAUGCAGCUGUGCGCCCAGAUGCAGCUGUCGUCUUGCCCGGAUGGAGUGUGGGGGCCAGACUGUCUCUUCAACAAAAACCGCCAGGGUCCAAGAUUUCUAUGUCCGCAACCAGUAGUGAGCUGGUCCUGGAUAUUCCACCACUUGGCUUGGUUAACUGUGGGGAUCUGAUGUUUGUGGUGAUCUUUCACAUGAUUUGGUUUGGGGUUAUCGGCAUGUUUACUGUCCUUGUCCUCCGUACCUCCUCCCAGACGUGGAUAAUUCUCUUCUUCUUGCCCUUCUGGGUUGUUGGUGUACUCUCCGUGUGGUCGACCUUGAAGACCAUCAUGGCCAGAACUCGCCUGCAGAUUGUGGCAGGUGGUGCAUUCUCCAUCUCUUGGAGUAUAGGGGGCUGCCUUUAGGGAGUUUCUGCCUAUGGCCGAUCACAGGAUCUACUCGCUGCUAAAAGAGUUGUGGAUGAAGGGAAGGUGGCUAUGUGUCAGCUCCUUGAGGGGGUGAAGACUCGUGAUUUUGCUGAAGAUGGGCUUAGUGAGGUAGAGAGGGCGUGGAUUGUGGAAGUGACUAAUUCUUUUCUCUUUUCAGUGCAAAACAGCCAUUUAAGGAGGAACGAGGAGAGGGGGGUAAUGCAGUAGUUCUCUGGGCCCUGUGGAAAAGGAGAUGUGUAGAAAUAACUUAUUUGAGGACAGCAACAGGUCACCAGGAAACCUAUUGAUAGAAAUCAAACAGACAGCAGAGG